CAUGCUUGCUUCCCUGCCCCGGAACGGCUCGAAGUGCAGGAGCCCCGGCCGAGGAGGGCCUUCUCCGCCUCCCUCCACGGAUCGAGUCCGAGUCCCUGGUUGUGUGCAGAGCAGAGGAAGGAGGCUGACAGUGGCCUUGAGCCUGAGAAAGAUUACGACUUUGUCCGUAUGCCCUAACCAUGGAAACGGCGGAUGCGGAAAACUUAUCCAGGAAGCGGGUCCAUCCCGAAGACGAUCAGGGCAAUGUGGACGAUGUUAAAAAGCAGAAGUUCUCUGAAGAAGCCCCCUUAGAAAAAGCCGAAGCUGGCCUGGAGCAGCCAAUAAGCCCUCAGGCCGAAGGGGACGCCGUUGUGACGGAAGAAAAUCCGGGUCGAGAAGCGGAAUCGGUCGAAAGCGAUGGGGAACGCGAGCCGGAGAAAUUUGCCGAUCUGAUGAAACACGGCUUGAUGGAGCAGGAUGUGGGCAUCAAGAAAUUUGCUAGUUCGCACAAGGGCUUCCUGGGAAUAUUAAAAGAGAGAUACUCCGAUUUUGUGGUUCAUGAAAUAGGAAAAGAAGGAGAGAUCAUUCAUUUAGAUGAUUUGUCGGUGCCGGUAGAUAAAGAGGAUCCUCCUGAAGAGAUUUUUACAGUGUUGUCACCCGAAGAGAAGCAACGCCUGGAAGACCUCCAGCUGUUUAAAAACAAAGAAAGCAGUGUUUCCAUUGAGGUGAUUGAAGACACUAAAGAAAAAAGGACAAUUAUACACCAGGCUGUAAAAUCUUUAUUUCCAGGAUUAGAGACCAAAACAGAGAACCAGGAUGGGAAAAAAUGCAUUGUUGCUUAUCAUGCGGCUGGGAAAAAAUCACUUGCAAAUCCGAGGAAACAUUCCUGGCCUAAGUCUAGGGGAAAUUAUUGCCAUUUUGUCUUAUAUAAAGAGAACAAGGAUACAAUGGAUGCCAUCAACGUGCUCUCCAAAUAUUUAAGAGUUAAACCGACCAUAUUUUCUUACAUGGGAACCAAAGAAAGGGCUAUCACAGUUCAAAAGAUAGCUGUUUUGAAAAUCACUGCCCAGAGACUAGCUCAUUUAAAUAAAUGCUUAAUGAACUGCAAACUUGGAAACUUCAGCUACAAAAAUCACCCGCUGAAAUUAGGAGAAUUGCAAGGAAAUCAUUUCACCGUAGGUCUCAGAAAUAUAACGGGGACUGAUGAUGAAGUUCAGCAAGCUAUGCACUCCCUUAAGGAAACUGGAUUUAUUAAUUAUUACGGCAUGCAGAGGUUUGGAACUACAGCUGUUCCUACAUUUCAAGUGGGAAGAGCUAUUCUGCAGAGCAACUGGAACGAAGCCAUAGAUUUAAUUCUCAAGCCCCGUCCAGGAGGCAAUUGAAAAAGGGUCCUGGUGAAAUGCCGAGAGGAAUGGGCGGACGACGACCCCGCGGCAGCCUUUAAGACCCUGCUUGAGAAAAGAUGCGUGGAAGGCCAGUUACUCUGGGGGCUUUCUAAAUACGGCCUGAAAAAUAUUGUGUCUGCAUUCAACAUGGUAAGGAGGGGGGGGGGGGUUACACCCAGGGAAAUUACGUUUGAUUAUAUUCAUAGUUACCAGAGUUCCGUCUGGAACAACAUAGUGAGCCAAAGAAUAGAAGACUAUGGCUGAGAGCCGUUCCAGGGAUUUAGUAUUAAAAGGAGCGCCACUUCUGUUCAUAUCGAAGAGGUGGAUGUGGACAAUUACACCAUCCAUGACGUUGUCAUGCCACUCCCUGGCUUUGACGUGAUUUAUCCAAAGCAUAAAAUUGGAGAAAGCUACAAGGAAAUGUUAGCCAGUGACAACCUGGAUAUCAACAACAUGAAGCACAAAAUCCGAGACUACUCCUUGUCUGGAGCUUACAGAAAAAUUAUUAUCCGACCACAGAAUGUGAGCUGGGAAUUGAUUGAAUACGAUGAUCCUAAAAUCCCACUGUUUACUACUGACCUGGAUAAAGGAAGGGAAAAAACACCUGCAGCUCUUGCCACAGGAGGCAAAUACAAGGCUCUGAAGAUGGAGUUCUCCCUCCCGCCAUCUGCUUAUGCCACAAUGGCGAUUCGAGAAGUGCUAAAGGUGGACACCAGCAUCAAAAGUCAAUCACAGUUAAACACAACUUGGCUCCGUUAAUCCUUUUCAGGGAACCGGAGAAGGUUUUUGACAUGCAAAAUUUCUUCCUCCUUUCCUCCUUUUAUCUUACUCACCUGAUUUCUAACUGAGCUGUAUUUUUGUAUUAGUUGAAAGGACGUUAUUUCAGAUUUGCUGUAAAAAAAUAAAAUAAUUUUGUUUUUUAAAGAGUUUGAACAAACGUGGUGCUCCCUACGGCAGAAUUCAAACUACCAAUUGGCUUUGUUAACGGUAUUUAACGCUCAGAGGUGUUUCACUCCCGUAUUGGAAACCAACAGACCUUCAGGAAUAUAGUACAGAGUAAAAGUAAUUGCGAUAUGUUUCAUUCUGCAGUUCAGGAAUAUUAAAUGGAAUAUGUUACCUUUGAAAGCAUAUCUGUAUCCAACAGGUUUAUUUCACCUUAAGAAUGCUGAAAAAGCCUACUUUCACAACUACUGUUGACAAAAUGUUCACCUCUUUUCCAGCUGCUUUUUAAUUUGAUAUGUACUAUUGUUAAAUCUCUGUUUUUCCUAACAUGCAAACUUGGAAAGAAGCCAACACCUCAUAACAGAAGUCGUAUGUCAACCAACUUCUUAUGGUUUGGUCUGUUGCUGGCAACAGAUGAACUGGGGAAAUUUGCACCUUGACUUAACUGGAUUAAAUUACCCAUUCUGAAUUUGA